AUGGAACACCCUCAUAGUAAAAAAUUUGCGAAAGUAAGAAAUUAUCAAUCGCAACAACAAGCAUUCUUAAUUGGAUUAUUAAAUGAUCAAUGCGAUAUAGUAUUUCAAAAACCAUUUAAAAUUAGUAAAAAAACAUUACAAUUUUUAACACUUAAAUUAAUAAUAUUCCCAAAACAAGAUGAAAUUAAAUUUGCAUCUCUUGUUAAACAAAAAUGUGAAUCGAUUCUUACUUUAGAAAUGAAAAAAGGACUAGAACAUAAAACAGCAAUUAGAAGGUUUGAAAAUAAUAAACACACGAUUGGACUUGAUCUUCUUAGAGAUAUUUUAGAGUCAUUUGGUUAUUUCUUUAAUACAAAGAAAAGUAGUGGUAAGAAAGGUGCUUUAAUAAUGGAAAAUAUUUAUGAAGUUUUUUAUAAUGGCAAGUUUAUAUCUUCUCGAGAAGAUAUUAUCAUCAAAGGCGAAAGAAUAAAUAGAUAUUUAACUAAUAUCAUUCGGAAUUCUAUCGAUUUCACUCUGCCUAAAAAUUGUAAAGUAAUCAAUAAUAUCAUGUAUAAUGUAUAA